AUGGCGCUAAAUCCGACACUAAUUCAAGGCCAGGAGUUCCUCUUCCCUGCCAACAAAGGAUCAGAGUUCACAUACCUGCGAAGAGAAGACGUCAAAAUGAAGCUCUACCUCCCCGACAGAACGAUAAAGGAAGACGGAAUGAUUUUCCUUACGAGCAUACGUUUGGUAUUCAUCAAGAAUGAACGGAGCAGAACGAACGCAAAUUUCAUAUCGGUAGAGUUCCCACUAAAUCUGAUUGAGAAGCCAAAAUUUGAACAGCCCGUUUUUGGGUUGAAUUACCUGUCUGGUGUAGUGAAGCCGUUAAUGGAUCAUCCCAACAGUCUAAAGAGUCCCUGUAAAUGGAAUAUCGUUUUUCUCAAUGGGCAGUGUAGUAGCUUCCUUAAUUAUUUUUUUAAAGUAUAUGAUGCUGCGAGGAAAAACAGACCAUUAGGUGCCCUGAGCGAAUUUAAUGAGCAAUUUUUUUCAAGUAGUAAUGCAUAUGUGGAUCCCAGUGACCCCACCUUCUUAUAUAUAAACGAACCCAACCCAGAGAGUCUUUACAAUACACAGGGAAUGACCCAAAAUCAUUACAUAUCUCCAAACAAUGAGAGCAAUCAAGAUGUGCCAGUGUAUAAGAGGCCAUACGUUCCUCAGAAUAGCAGUAAUAGUGGUUCGAAUAACAUGCAGUCUUAUAAUCAGCCAAAUUAUAUGGGAAGCUACGACUAUGGCAGUGGCAGAGGGCCCUACGGCCACCAGUCAUAUGGGCCAAGUGGGGCUAACGGGUCAGGAUAUGCGAGCCAGAGUUAUGAACCCCCCAAUUACGCACACGCAAAUAGCAACGUAUUGUCUCACUACAACCAGCAGGGUAACAGGAAUGCCUACCCCAGUCAGGAAAAUACAAUGUCACAUUAUAAUCAACAUAGUGGGUUUGUAAGUUAUGAUCAGCUAGAUAACAGGAAUGCUUAUGACCAACAGAAUGGGAACUCUGCACCUCACGGCCAACGAAUGCACCCACUGUAUAAUCAACCCAACAAUCAGCAAUACAAUCCUGCAUAUAAUGAGCAGCUUAACAAUCUGCAUAAUCAGAAUGGGGGUACCUCCACUUAUCCUUCGAACCAACAGUCGGGGGAGCGUAACGGUGGACAGACAAAUAACUAG